UUUUUUUUUUCUGGUUUGUCUAUACUUCCCCUCUUUAACGCCAUGGAUGAACAUACUACGCGAAAGUCGUUUUGGAGAAGAAAUGGAACCAAACUACCGGGAAGUGUGCGUAUUGUUCCUACCCACAGUAGCCAGCAAACAACAGCAACAGACGCUUGUGACCGAACUCCUGUUGUCAUUGGAGCACGUUAUUCUUAUACAAGUCUUGUCACCAGUCAACACAACGUAUCAGACACUUCAUCACCACCUCCUCUAUUACCGUCUCACUAUCAAUCCUCUUCUAACAAUAAUAGCAACAAACUGACAACAUCGACUAACAACAAUAGAAAAGGUUCCUCUCAACAUAAACGCCACACGUCCUCAACUCAACACAAAUCCUUUAAUGCCUUUUUGGAAGAUACCAAUGAUGAAUGGAACGACUCUAUCGAUGACAGUAGUAAGAAUAGAAAUAACAAUUCUUCAUCUAUCUCAACAUCAGCAAUCGCGGCAACUUCACAGCAUACGAACAUGCAUUCCUCCUCUAUCUCGGCAUCAUCAUCACCACCAUCAAUUACACCAUCUCUUGUAUCAGAAUCUACACAAAAUCGUAUCAUUACGGCAUUAUCUUUGGGCGAAGAAGCAAAAGUAGUAGAAGAAAACAUACCACCCCCUCGACAUCAACAACAACAGCAGCAACUUUAUAAGAAAUCAACAGACGUGAAUGGUGUUAUUGAUAACGUGAAGGAUGUGUUAGAAGAUCCAACUCAUAUUUUGCAUCAUAUUGAACCAGAAAAAGGGGUAGAUCCAAUUCGUACCAAGAAAAUCAAGGAAAUAUUAUCCAGUGUUAAUGUGGAUCUAGCUGCUUUACGAAGUAUUUGUUGGAGUGGGAUUCCACCUGAUUUUCGACUAAUAGCAUGGCAAAUUUUACUGGGCUAUUUACCAUGUAACUCAGAAAGACGAGUAGAAACGUUGGCAAGGAAACGAAAAGAGUAUCUAGAUGGUGUAAAGGCAUCCUAUUCAAAGGGAACUGCUGGAUUAGAUCAGGCAUUAUGGCACCAGAUUCAUAUUGAUAUCCUUCGAACUAAUCCUGGUGUGAUCUUGUAUCAAUCUACCAUUACACAAGAAAGUUUGGAACGUAUUUUAUACCAAUGGGCUAUUCGACAUCCAGCAAGUGGCUAUGUACAAGGUAUCAAUGACUUGGUGACUCCCAUAUUCGAAGUAUUUCUCUCUGCCUAUAUUGAUGGUGAUCCUGAGGAAUAUGAUAUGAAAAAGUUAAAUCAAGAUGUGUUAGAUGUUGUAGAAGCAGAUAGUUUUUGGUGUCUUUCAAAAUUAUUAGAUGGUAUUCAGGAUAAUUAUACUUUUGCGCAACCUGGGAUCCAAAGACAAAUUGUCACACUCAAAGAUCUGGUAUCUAGAAUUGAUGCACGAUUGGCUCGUCAUUUACAACAAGAAGGGAUUGAAUUUAUCCAGUUUGCGUUCCGAUGGAUGAAUUGUUUAUUGAUGCGUGAACUACCUUUGAAAACUACGAUUCGAAUGUGGGAUACGUAUCUUGCGGAAGGAUCUUCAGAAGGGUUUUCAGAAUUCCAUGUUUAUGUGUGUGCAGCCUUCUUGGUGAAAUGGUCAAGUCAAUUACAGAAAAUGGACUUUCAAGAAGUGAUGAUUUUUUUACAACAAUUACCUACUGAUGAUUGGCAAGAAAAAGAUGUAGAAUUAUUAUUAUCGGAAGCAUACAUGUGGAAAACAUUAUUUCACAACGCCCCUAGUCAUUUGAAAAACAAAUAAACUUUUUUUUUAUUGUUGAAACCCUUA